AAAAUUUUCACCUGGACUCUCCGGGAGUUACCUGGACUUUGUUGAAAUGGUAAUAAAAACUUAUUUAGCAAACAAAGCCAGAAGUCUCCUAUUGGUCGGUUCGUGCUGUAUGCAAAUGAGGCCGCCACUACGUCAGAUCCUGAACUUGAGCGCCAUUUUUUUCCGUUACGGCGAAGAAAGGGACAAAAAGGCCGUGGCGAAAAAAAAAAAUAGCGAUUGUCUUCGUCUCCGGUGAAGCAGCACCGCCCCAACCGACGUCUUUAAGUAUCGGAGCGGCCGGCGGACAACCCCGGAUGCGGCUCGGAUGAGUGUCGCUGGUAGCGGCGAAGCAGUGUUGUUGUUUCACGGACCGGGGACGGGAAGUGGGGCUCCUCGUCGGAGGUGGAGGAGGAGGAGGAGGACACCGACGCUACUUUGGAGCCGACACCAGCAGGAUACGUGAGGAAAAAUGUAUCAGCUUCCGGUCGGGAAUCUCGAGAAGAUCCGAAAGGCGCGCAAGGCGGUCAAACAUGUCCUGCGUGACAUCGGCUUGGAGGACUGCCAAAACUUCCUCAAGGAGCAGGAUGAAAACCCCGAUCAGGACCCGGAGGAAGCGGAUCCUUUCAAGGGCACCGAGUGGAGCGACUUCAUCGACGGCUACCACGGCCGACUACGAAAGAAGUGGCCUUAUCGGACCAGAACCAUGUGCUGCGCCAUGUGCAAGUACUCGUCGCAGAACAUCUUCCACUACCGCAACCACGUGGCGCGCUGCCACGAGUGCUUGCAGACCAUGUGCGCGCUGACCACCUGCCAGCGUUGCGUCUUCGUGGCGCACCCCCGCGUGGUCAAAAAGCACAUCCUGUUCUUCCACGCCGGCAGGGGCAUGGGCCCGCAGCCCGGGGAGGCGGUGCACCGGGGCAACGAGCGCUACCAGUGCAGGAAGUGCGGCUUCCCCACGCAUUCCAUCUUCGCCAUCAAGAAGCACAUCAUCCUCAAGCACAUGGAGAGCCUGACGGACGAAUACAUCGGGUACCGGUACCCGGUGCCGGGCUCCUCGGUCAAGAUGUACUGCUGCAAGAUGUGCAAGGUGAACACGGGGACGCUGGACCAGAUGUUGCACCACAUGCUGGUGGAGCCCAAACACUACACCGUCAACUCGCAGGUGCAGACUAUGAUUUUCGAGAACAAGAACGUUGUCAAAGCGGCGCCCAACGGCAACGGCGUGUUCGUCACGUUGCCGAGCAUCGCGCCGCGGCCGCAGCAGGGCCAGGUGCUGAACAGUAAGUCCUUCGUGGUGCCCAGCAACGGGCAACAUGGCGGCACCGUGGUGGCGUUGCAGCAGCUGCAGCAGCUGCAGGGGGGGCCCAACAGCGCCGCUCUCAUCUGUGCCCCCGGCGGCAACCAGGCUUUUCUUCCACCGCAGGCGUCGGCGCUGGUGCAGCUAGCGAGCGCCGAGGCUAAAGGUUUGCUCCAGCCCGGUGCCACUAUCGCCCUGCGGGGGUCGUCGCUGGUUCAGUUUCCCGGCGUGUCCAACGUAUCCCUGAAGCAGGCGCCGGUGGCCGUGGCGCCGCCUCAAACGCAGUCCAUCCUCAUCCCGUCUGGCCUGCAGGCCAACAUGUCCGGUUCGGUGCCCAAACCCGCCGUGGUGGUGCAGAACCCGCCGGCAAACCAGGUGACCCUGCAGGGCACCAUGCUGACGUCGCAGUCGCUGCUCAGUCACCUGAUCCCCACCGGGAACAGGGUGAACGGCAUGCCCACUUAUACCUUCGCCCCACUCCAAGUAGCGGUGCCGGCGUCCCAGAACCCGGCCGCCCUUCCCAAGCCCGUGGAGCCCGUGGCCAACUCGGCCAACCAAACCAAGAAGUGGAUCACCUGCCCGCUUUGCAACGAACUCUUCCCCUCCAACGUCUUCGACAUGCACAUCGAGGUGGCCCACCAGAGCAAGUCCACCGCUUCCAGGUCGGAGAGCCUCGCGGGGCGGGCGGCGUUCCUCAAGAAGAUGCCGGAUAAAACGCUCAAAUGUUUAACAUGCAAAGUUCUUCUGUCGGAAAAGAGCGUCCUUCAGCAUCUGCUACACGGACUCUGCUGUCUCUACUGCGCCGUCACCUUCUUCUCCGUCAAGCAGCUCAUCGAACACGUCAGGCAACACAACCCCACCGGGAAGCUCUACUGCGACUUCCUGCGGCAGAACUACAAGAUCUACACCAAAGGCAACGCCGGGAUCCUCUUCCCGUACUUUGACGUCUCCACCACCGCGCCCAAGGAAGUCUUGGGCGAGUGCGAGGUCAACCUGGCGCUGGUCACCAACUCCCUGGAGCUCAUCUACGUCAAGCUGCAGCCCAGCAACCAGCCCGAAGUGUGCCCCGCCCCCGUCAAGGUCAACACCACUUCCUGCCCCUUCUGCGACGAGAAGUUCCAGGAGGAGUCCAAGCACCUGCAGCACCUGAAGCAGAAACACUUUGUGGCGCCCACCAUCCACGCCAUCCUCAAGACCGAGGCCUUCAAGUGCAUCUACUGCAACGGCGUCUACACGGGCAAGGUCACGCAGCAGGCCGUGAUGCUGCACAUUCAGCGAUGCCGCAGUUCACCCAAACCGCCGAAAAUUACAGCGCCGCCCCCGCCGCCGCUUCCCAAAGCUGUUCAGCCGCCCCGCCAGCCUUCGGGACUGUACUUCCUUCAAAUGCCACAAGGGGUCAAACAAACGGCAAGCAGAGCUCCUGGUGUUGUGACCCCGGUGCCGGUGGUGGCGGCGGCAGCAGCAGCAGCGGCGGGAGGGGCGUCUCCGCAGCAGAGCGAGGAGGAGAUGCAGUCCACCAGAAGGUUGGAAGCCGCCUUGAAGGAAGUCAUGGAGUUCAACAAGCGGGAACGGGAGCAGAAGGCGGCCAUGCGCAAGAAGCGAGAGCAUGAUCGCGUAACGAUGCUGCCGCCGCCCGAACCCGAAGUCCAGAGCGACCCCAACAUCAAACUGGCGCUGGAGCCCACCCCGCUGGACCGCAGCGGCCCCGACGAGCGACGGGACUUCAUCACCAAGUACUUCAACGUCAACCCGUACGCCUGCCGAGCCGAGACCGAGGAGCUGUGCCGCCGCCUGGCGCUGACCAAGGCGGAGGCGGUGGCGCUCUUCAGCGCCAAACGCAGCCGAUGUCUGAAAAGCCUCAAGAGGAACUCAGCCGCCGUGCUGCUGGGAUUCAACAUGGCCCGCAUGGCGCAGCUUCAGCACCGGCUACACGUUCCCGAGCAGCGGCCCGCUGAGCUGCGGGAGGCGGAGCCGGAGACUGAACCGCCACCGGUCGACGCCACGGAGGCGACGACAGGAACUGGCGAGGACGUGGUGGAGCCGAUGGAUGAAAGCGGGAAUGAGAAGAUGGCGGAUGAGGUGCCCAUGGAGCAGGACGGCUGAAACGGACCUUUCAUGGCGGCGUUUGGUGACCUGAGGCUUCUUCUUGACUGUUUCUUCACAAUAAAAGCACUGCCUUUCUCCUGCUACCUUUUCUUUCAACCUUUUUCUACCAGAUUCUUUUUCAUAUCCAUCAUCACCUCAACAUGGAAGUAGAGUACGGUUAGAACUUCUUAAACUUCUGGACCUUCUUGUCGCUUUCAGUCACCUGGUUUGCUUUUCUAAAAUGGUGGUGGAGUUUUUUAUUUACAGCGUUCAUUGCUGAAGACCGCCAAAAGAAACACUUUUGUUGUUUUGUUUUUUUUACACAAACAUGCUAACCCACUCCACUCCAGUGUAGGUCAACAUAUGCUAAGCUAUUAAAUAUAUCUCAAUCAUCAGUCCAGAUGCACGCUAUCUUCUUUUACCAAACCACGGUACCGACAACCCAAGUAUAGUUGGUGCACACCAGGAAGUAAAUUAGGACUAAAACAACACGACUACUACCAGAAGAACCAGAGUAGAGAGGGGAAGUGCCGCCUGCUGUGGCCCAGCAAGGUGCACCGUAUUCGGGCACAUGCUGAGGUCAAUAUGGAGGUCUCUGGUAAACCUUUUUUGCAACUUUUCAGACGCUGUGGCGCUGGCGUUUCAGGUGGCUGAUAAGUUGUUUUUUUUGGUGUGCUCGAUACUUUUUUCUGUCAUUGUGGAGAAUUUGGUACGACGAGCGUUUGAAACGUCUUCCUUUGGGAACGGGAAUGUUGGUUUACAAGUCGGCUCAGGGUGACAUGGCGUCAAUGUCGCAGGCGGGACACAAAAGGAGCAUCUUUUUCAUUCAAUAUUUUGAAUGGAAAAUCCUUUUUUUUUUCUAUUUUCAUCAAUUUUUUAUAUAUAUAAAAUAUUGUCCCCAGAACCACACUUUGGACACCCCUGCUUAGAAUGAAGUACCCACUGAGUCAGAUGUCUUGUAGUCCACAUGUAUGACCUACUUAACAUAUGUACUGAUGCUAUGUCGUUUAUUUGUAUAUAUAGUACUAUAUAUAUACCGUACUACGAUACAUAUAGUACUACAUAUUUUCCUGUUGUAUUUUUGUUUUUCUACAUUUCCUUAAGUGGGUCGGAAAAGGCUUUCCAAAUUUGUUAAAAUAAGACUUCAUUGUUACAUCCAUAAUAAACUUAU